CCCUACUUCUGAAGCUCUUGCCUCAUGCUACAAACUCCCCUCUUUUCAAAUAGUAGCUCAGUAAGUGCAUGAUGCCGUACGCAGGCCAUAUCUGGGGCAUCUCCUUGCUCCUGUCUCUGACUUUGGGAUGGGCGCAGGCGCAGCAAACAAACUACACUAGGCCUGUCUUCCACUGUGGAGGAUCACUUGUUGCAGAGUCGGGAUUUGUCGGCAGCGAGGGCUUCCCGACCCAUUACAAACCAAACAGCAAAUGCACCUGGAUCAUCACAGUCCCAGAAGAUAAAGUGGUCAUGCUCAGCUUCCGCAUUUUCGACCUGGAGGCAGACUCGCAAUGUCGCUAUGACUACCUGGAUGUCUACAACGGCAAAUCCAACACGGUGCAAAAACUCGGCCGGUUCUGUGGAACCUUCCGGCCCGGUGCCCUUAUUUCCACUACCAAUACUAUGAUGUUGGAGAUGGUGACCGAUGACGAGACGAAUGGUAGAGGGUUUGUGGCUUACUUCAGUGGUGCUACGCCAUAUGCUGAGGAUCAACAGCUCUGUGGGGCAAAGACAACAAAAUCUCAGGGAGAGAUCAUGACGCCAAACUGGCCCAACAAGAAGUAUCCACAGGGAACCAGCUGCUCCUGGCUCAUUACUGUGGAGCCUGACAAGGUAAUCCAGGUGAAAUUUGGUAAAUUUUCCUUGGAGGCAGACACCUAUUGCCGCUUCGACUACGUGGCCUUUUUUAAUGGUGGAGAGAAAGAUGACUCACGCCUGAUUGGAAAAUAUUGUGGUGAUCAAGCCCCACAGCCCAUCACCACCAGCGGCAACGUGCUCCUGGUCCAGUUUGUGUCUGACCUCAGUGUAACGUCUGAUGGCUUUCUGGCCACUUACACCACCAUUCCCCGCGGUUCUCACACAACUGUCGUUGACAGUGUCGGUGCUGGUACCAGGUCCAUUCCAGCAAGGCCUGUCAAACCCGUUGCACGUGUAGUUCCCGUUACUGCAGCGCCGCCACCUGCUGCCACAGUCAAAAGUGUGCCCCCCCCUGCUCCGGAACCAACUGACCAACCCAAACGGGUCAGGCCCACGAAUGGACGUGGGGCCGGUACCACGGGUCAGGACAGGACAGGGGUUGACUCGAGACCAAAUGGAGGACGACCUGUUGCUCAGAAUCCACUGUGUGCCAAAGCGUGUAAAAGAGACAGAACUAUCAAGCCCAGUUUUUGUGCCAGUGAAUUUGUGAUAACCGGGAAAGUGACCUCUUUGGCCCCUGGACCACGGGGCACCCUUCUCGUUGGGGUAUCCCUGAUUAGGACUUACAAAGCAGGGCAACUAACAAUCACUCAAGUCGGAGAGAAUAUGUCGGUUAAAUUGGUGUCACAAUGCAGGAAGUGCCCAUUGCUUCGCAGAGGCGGUAAUUACAUCAUCAUGGGUCAAGUGGAUGAGGAUGGCCGUGGCAGCCUGCAACCCGGCGCGUUCACAGCCCCAUACAAAGCCCCACAUCACAAACUAUUGACAAACAUCAGCAACCAGCCUUGUUAACUCGACACAUCCGUCCACAACACCAUGACUCAAUAAAUCCUUGUCUAAUGCGAAAUACAGAUCUACAUGAGAUGAUAAUUUCUUGGUAAAACUGAUUUUAUAACCCCAUUGAAGAAACACAAAUCCUUAAACAUUGUCGGUAAUUUAUAUAUGAAUAAAGGAUUUGUAUAUCCCUUUUGUCACUUUU